GCAGCAGCAGCAGCAGCAGCUUCGUCUGUGGCCUCUUCCAGGACCUCGUUCGGUACGGGAAGACGAAGCGGGGCUGCGGGCCGCGCACGGCCGGGCCGCGCCUCCGCCAGCUGCCCAAGAGAAGUGUUAUUCUGGCGUUACGGAUGGGGAAUGGAGGAGCGUAGAUGCUGCAGUCAUACAGAGGCCAUAUGUGCCAAACUGGAACAAAAGCCUCAUCCCGUGAAUCCCAGUGCCAUGUGGUAUCUGCAGAACAAACCUUCCUGCAGGGCUCAGCCCGGGGUCUUGGGGCUGUGGGUUCCUGAGUGUCAAACAUACUGUAGGUGGUUUACUCACUUUUAUGUGGUUUCUGUGUUCUGGAACGGCUUUCUGCUGAUCUGUCUUUUCCAAGCCAAGUUCCUCGGAGGGUUGCUCCCAUCAUGGAUUCAGUGCGUGCACCGUGCUCUUGGCAGAGAUUCUCAGAGUGAGGACAUUGGCAACGAGCACUUCUCUGCGCUGCUGGUUCUCCUGCUGCUUUGGCUGCAUAGCUGUCGAAGACUGGCAGAAUGCCUCUGGACCAGUGUGUUUUCCAAUGGUGUCAUUAAUAUCGUGCAGUAUUGCUUUGGACUUGUUUACUACGUUGCUGUUGGCUCAACUGUGCUAUGUCAAGUGCCUACUAAUGUCAGGAAUGGAAAAGAGCUUUCUGUGCAGAUCUCCUGGUAUCACAUUGUGGGAGUUAUGAUGUACAUUUGGGCCUCUCUUCACCAACACAGAUGUCUUGUAAUUCUAGCUAAUCUUAGAAAAAGUAAAUCAGGAAAAGUUGUAAGUCUGAGCCACAAUGUACCUUUUGGAGAUUGGUUUGAGAGAGUUUCUUGCCCUCAUUAUUUUGCAGAGCUCCUCAUAUAUGUAUCUAUGGCUAUCAUGCUUGGAUUUUACAACGUGACGUGGUGGUGUGUAGUGUUGUAUGUUCUUUUUAACCAAGCACUGGCUGCUGUUUUGUGUCACGAGUUUUAUCAUAAAAACUUUAGCUCCUACCCAAAGCAUCGAAAAGCAUUUAUACCAUUUGUUUUUUAGAAUACUUCUUCUAAAGUAUCUUUAAUGCAAACUGGGAAAUGUUUUCUAUAAGGGAGUAAGAACAGCGUAUCAAAGCCAAGGUAAAAUUGCACGUUUUAUCUCUAGCUUAAAACCUCAUAAUUUUAAUGAUAAUCUCAUCCGUGUUACAAGUUUACGUGGGGAAAUGUAAAGUCUCUACGUAUUAUACAAGCUAAAACAAAGUUUACUGAAGACCUUAAUUCAAACUGAGGAGAUGUUAAUUGGCUCCUUUCUGGUUUAUAUAUUAUGCAUAAAACACUUGCUGUUGUACAGCAAGCACAAAUGCAUUUACAUGAAAACUGUGUGGUGAAAGAAGGGUACAGGGAAUAAUUUGAACUACUGUAUUUCAUGGCUUGUCUAAUAUUUAAGUGUAAUUUUUUUUUCCUAGUUUCUUUUCACUGAAUCACUUCAGAGGGAGGCAAAUUGUGUAUCUUUCUGUGCUUCCCUGUUGAUAAUUAAAACCAGCCACUGCUUUGUAACUGCAAGCACAAAAACCUGUGGAGAAAGCUGUGGUGGAGGAAUGACUCAUGCUCAGCAGCAUAGAUAAACAGGCCCGUUCUCUGCAUUAUCUCUUUUGCAGCAAAGUGUUUUCAUUCAUUGAUGAAAACUCCUUGUUUAUCCCUAAACUGGGAAAAUCAUUGAAGGUUCUCUGUCUAGAAAGACUGUAGAAGAGAAUUUGCAGAAAAUUAAUGUUCUUUGUUACAGUUCUGUUAUUCUUAUAGUGGGUUAUUGGAGUCCCUCAUGCGUUACUGACAUCCCUUGUGUGUUAUAGGGGGCAGUUAUGCAGGAUGGCUGUAAUCACAUCUACAGUAGGUUUUGCGCAGCCUGUGAGAGCAGAUAUAAUGAACUGCCAAGGCAGAGAACAUACAGAAACCAGUACCUGACCAGUGUUGCAAAGAAAUUCUUUACUGGGGAGAUGAUGUCACUCAGCCUAGGGUUUUGGGGUUUUUUGGCACUUAACUAUUGAAUGUUUUGGUCCUUUUCAUGAUACUGGAGUGAAUGAUCGGUUUGCAUGAUGGAGCAUAUGGAUGCUGGUGUUUCAGUGUGUUUUCUACUUACAUGCAUAUAUUAUUUUAUACAUGAGAAUAAUUUUUAUAUACCAAAGUAUAUAUUGCAAAUUAAUUAAAAUUGUUUAUUACACCUA